CGAGAUUCUCUUACGCAAAAGCUUCCGGCCCACCAUCUUUGUCCCUGGCAAACUGGGUUUUGCGCAGUGGCUUAGAUCUAGAAAGAAUCGUGACGACGGGGAGGAAACCAUUACACCACCACCCGGGCUGUGCUCUCCGGCUGCCGACGCCACCCCGCCCUUGCCUCCGGUACACUCUAAAGAUCCAGAAUCAUGACUGACUCCAAGUACUUCACAACCAAUAAGAAGGGAGAAAUCUUCGAGUUAAAAGCUGAACUCAACAAUGAAAAGAAAGAAAAGAGGAAGGAGGCUGUGAAGAAGGUGAUUGCUGCUAUGACCGUGGGGAAGGAUGUCAGCUCUCUCUUCCCGGAUGUGGUGAACUGCAUGCAGACUGACAACCUGGAACUGAAGAAGCUGGUGUACCUCUAUCUCAUGAACUAUGCCAAGAGUCAGCCAGACAUGGCCAUCAUGGCUGUCAACAGCUUUGUGAAGGAUUGUGAAGAUCCUAAUCCUUUGAUUCGAGCUUUGGCAGUUAGAACCAUGGGGUGCAUCCGGGUGGACAAGAUUACAGAAUAUCUCUGUGAACCUCUCCGCAAGUGCUUGAAGGAUGAAGACCCCUAUGUUCGGAAAACAGCAGCAGUGUGUGUGGCAAAACUCCAUGAUAUCAAUGCCCAGAUGGUGGAAGAUCAGGGAUUUCUGGAUUCUCUACGGGAUCUCAUAGCAGAUUCAAAUCCAAUGGUGGUGGCUAAUGCUGUAGCAGCAUUGUCUGAGAUCAGUGAAUCUCACCCAAACAGCAAUUUACUUGAUCUGAACCCUCAGAAUAUCAAUAAGCUGCUCACAGCCCUGAAUGAGUGCACAGAAUGGGGCCAGAUUUUCAUCCUGGACUGCCUGUCUAAUUACAACCCUAAAGAUGACCGAGAAGCUCAGAGCAUCUGUGAGCGAGUAACUCCUCGGCUAUCCCAUGCCAACUCUGCAGUGGUGCUUUCAGCAGUGAAAGUUCUAAUGAAGUUCCUGGAACUGUUACCCAAGGACUCGGACUACUACAAUAUGCUGCUGAAGAAGUUAGCGCCUCCACUGGUCACUCUGCUAUCUGGGGAGCCAGAAGUGCAGUAUGUCGCCCUGAGGAACAUCAAUCUAAUUGUCCAGAAAAGGCCUGAAAUCUUGAAGCAGGAAAUCAAAGUCUUCUUUGUGAAGUACAAUGAUCCUAUCUAUGUUAAACUAGAGAAAUUGGACAUCAUGAUUCGUCUUGCAUCCCAAGCCAACAUUGCUCAGGUCCUGGCAGAGCUAAAGGAAUAUGCCACUGAGGUCGACGUGGACUUUGUUCGCAAAGCCGUGAGGGCCAUUGGCCGGUGUGCCAUCAAAGUGGAGCAAUCAGCAGAACGCUGUGUAAGCACAUUGCUUGAUCUAAUCCAGACCAAAGUAAAUUAUGUGGUCCAAGAGGCAAUUGUUGUCAUCAGGGACAUCUUCCGCAAAUACCCCAACAAGUAUGAAAGUAUCAUUGCCACUCUCUGUGAGAACUUGGACUCCCUGGAUGAGCCCGAUGCUCGAGCAGCUAUGAUUUGGAUUGUAGGAGAAUACGCCGAAAGAAUCGAUAAUGCGGAUGAAUUACUAGAGAGCUUCCUGGAGGGCUUUCAUGAUGAAAGUACCCAGGUGCAGCUCACGCUGCUUACCGCCAUAGUGAAGCUGUUUCUCAAGAAGCCAUCAGAAACACAGGAGCUGGUCCAACAGGUCUUGAGCUUGGCCACACAGGAUUCUGAUAACCCUGACCUUCGAGAUCGGGGUUAUAUUUAUUGGCGCCUUCUUUCAACUGACCCUGUCACAGCCAAAGAAGUAGUGUUGUCUGAGAAGCCGUUGAUCUCUGAAGAGACAGACCUAAUUGAGCCUACCCUCCUGGAUGAGCUCAUCUGCCACAUUGGUUCUUUGGCCUCCGUGUACCAUAAACCUCCAAAUGCUUUUGUGGAAGGGAGUCAUGGGAUUCAUCGCAAACACCUGCCAAUUCAUCAUGGGAGCACUGAUGCAGGUGAUAGUCCUGUGGGCACCACCACUGCAACCAACCUGGAGCAGCCUCAGGUUAUCCCCUCUCAAGGGGACCUUCUGGGGGAUCUCUUAAAUCUUGACCUGGGUCCCCCAGUGAAUGUGCCGCAAGUGUCCUCCAUGCAGAUGGGAGCUGUGGAUCUUUUGGGAGGAGGACUGGAUAGCCUGCUUGGCAGUGACCUUGGCGGGGGCAUUGGAGGAAGUCCGGCAGUAGGACAAUCCUUCAUCCCAUCAUCGGUGCCUGCAACCUUCGCCCCUUCACCUACUCCUGCUGUGGUCAGCAGCGGUUUGAACGACCUGUUUGAGCUUUCCACGGGGAUAGGCAUGGCGCCUGGCGGAUAUGUUGCUCCUAAGGCGGUCUGGCUACCUGCAGUAAAGGCUAAAGGCUUGGAGAUCUCAGGCACGUUCACUCACCGCCAAGGGCACAUCUAUAUGGAAAUGAACUUCACCAACAAAGCUCUGCAGCACAUGACGGACUUUGCCAUCCAGUUCAACAAGAAUAGUUUUGGUGUCAUCCCAAGCACUCCCUUGGCCAUCCAUACUCCACUGAUGCCAAACCAGAGCAUUGACGUCUCUCUGCCUCUCAACACCUUGGGCCCAGUCAUGAAGAUGGAACCUCUGAACAACUUGCAGGUGGCUGUUAAAAACAAUAUUGAUGUCUUCUACUUCAGUUGCCUCAUCCCACUCAAUGUGCUUUUUGUAGAAGAUGGCAAAAUGGAGCGUCAGGUCUUCCUUGCAACUUGGAAGGAUAUUCCCAAUGAAAAUGAGCUUCAGUUUCAGAUUAAGGAAUGCCAUUUAAAUGCUGACACAGUUUCCAGCAAGCUGCAAAACAACAAUGUUUACACGAUUGCCAAGAGGAAUGUGGAAGGGCAAGACAUGCUGUACCAGUCCCUGAAGCUUACUAAUGGCAUUUGGAUUUUGGCCGAGCUACGGAUCCAGCCAGGAAACCCCAAUUAUACGCUGUCGCUGAAGUGUAGAGCCCCUGAAGUCUCUCAGUACAUCUAUCAGGUCUACGACAGCAUUUUGAAAAACUAAUAAAUGGGUCCUGUACCCUCCAGCCACCCUGUAAUCGGUGCAAGCCAAGAACUCUUAACUGAAGGAAGUCGUACUGCUGUGUAGAGCCUGAACACUGCGCCACCCACCCCGGUAGUGACCAGUCACCCUGUGCUGACAUUAGCAUUCACCCCGUUGGAUAGGUUAGCUUCCUGUGACACGUGUGACCACUGCUUCCAUCAUUCCCCACCUCUGCCACCUGCCGCUGCCCUCAGGCCUUCCUCGUGAGCUUCUCCAUGCUGUGCCAAUGGCUAGCUUUUUCUACACCCUCUUUUGAGUGUAGUUUGAUAUUUUGUAAUCAGAAGCUCAUUUCACAAGCAGAAAAAGGCAACAAGUUAAUUAAAGCAAGGAAAAGUGUCACUGAAACAUAAA